CUAGACGGGAUGUGACGUUUGUGCCCGCAACAGGCUAUUUCGAAAGAUCUUACUUACUGUCCCGACCGCCCCAGGCCGGUGCUGCUGAUCUUUUCUAAUUAGUUUAUCGAAAUUCCGCUCGUACACAGAUUGCUAAAACCAAAAAGAAGAUCCAUGAUGAUAAAGCACUACCCCGCUCUUUCAGAUGUCGCACAACUCCGAAAAUAUUCGAAUGGCUGUAUAAUUUUACAGUUUGCAGGAAUAGCAGCAAAACCGCGAGCAAGGACCCAGUCCUGUUCGCCCACAGUAGAGCAGACUAACUCUGCACGACUUUCUAUUGGCCUGCUCUAUCGUAAAUCGAUAGAAGAAGAAGUCACCGUAUGGCUUUGUCUUCUUCAACAACCGGAACCGAAACAAAACCAAGUUAACCUCUUUAGAAAUCCGAAACUAGUACGCGCAGAAGUAAUUAUGGGAAAAAGGAAAUCGACACAAAGAGAUGAAACGUUUCAAAAAUUAGUAUGGCAAGAAGUCUCCCCGAGAAAAAGAAGUACAGAGUGGUUUGUUGUUUUCUGUAGAAUUGGAUUGAGUUGUCAGAAAUAA